AUGACUGGCCAUGCAGCUUCAAAACGAAAACCGGAGAAGCCUCGAAGUGUUCCCCCACUCGUAAAGUAUUAUUUAGUCGCGUACAAUGUACUCUCUACCCUUGGGUGGGCGACCGUCCUCGUCUUCACCAUAAUCCACGUAUUCGAUCUCGACGGUGCAUCCUCCUCUAUCCCAGGAAGCAAGCCCGAGACCGCGACGUCCGUUCUACAUCGUUUCGUAUCCUCCUUCACACCCACAAAAUACUCGAAAUACAUCACCAACGCGAGCCUCGAAGCCCAGCUCCACCCCGCGUUGGUCCCCCUCUACCGGCGCUCUACCACGACCUACGCGCGCGUUGGUUCCCUAACCGCGUUCGUGCAGAGCUUCGCUCUUCUCGAAGUGGUGCAUGUGCUGCUGGGAUGGGUGAGGAGCCCGCUGCAAACUACGGCGAUGCAGGUAGCCAGUCGGCUCUUCCUCGUUUGGGGAAUUGUGGAGCCUUUCGAAGCUUCACGCUCAAAUCCUCUGUACACCUCGAUGGUUUUCGCGUGGUCCGCAACUGAAACAAUACGGUAUCCCUUCUACGCUUGCAGCCUCCUUGGUCUCGAACCAUACUCCCUCCUGUAUCUUCGAUACACGACCUUCUACCUCCUGUACCCCCUCGGCGCCUCGUCUGAAGCCUUUAUCAUCUACUCUACACUUCCCAAGUCAUCCCCCAUCCCAAGUCUUCAAUCCUGGAUGCAAGGGAUGUGGAACCUUACCGACUACGUUCGUGGUAUAUUGUUUUGCAUCUGGUGGCCGGGCUUGUAUGUGAUGUACACAUAUAUGAUCAAACAGAGGCGUAAGGUGUUAGGAUCCGGCGGCAAAACACUAGGAGCCACCCCCAAGCAACGCAAACUGGAAUAA